AGAACUUUGAGUAUAAAAGCUGGCCGCAGGUCCGAACGAUCAUCAGUCAAUUGUGUCUACUGCACCAAAACAAGUGUUACAAACCGUUCGUUCUUCGUUCUUCGUUGAAAUCCCCCCCAAAAACCCAUCAACAUGUACAAGCUGUUCGUUCUUGCCGCCGUUCUGGCCGUCGCUGCCGCCGCCCCCGGACUCGUGGUCCCAGCCGUCCACUCCGUCCCGGUCGUCCACGCUGCCCCGGUUGCCGUGAGCCACUCCUCGUCGCACGUCGUGCACCACGCUCCGGUCGUCAAGACUGUGGCCGUCCACUCGGCACCAGUUGUUGCCGUCCAUACCCCGGUCGUGAAGGCUCUCCCGGUUGUGCACCACGCCCCGGUCGUCCACCACGCCCCGGUCGUCCACCACGCUCCGCUGGUCCACAAGACCGUCGUGCACUCGUCCCCGAUCGUCCACUCUGUGCACCCGGUCCCGGUCGUCAAGAGCGUCGUCGCCAGCCCGGUCGUCCUCCACCACCACUAAGUCCAAUCCUCACCACCACCACCACUAGCACCCAAAACAAAACCCUCAACACAUUCCACAUCCCCCACACGACACGGCGUGAAAUGGAAACUUUUUCUACAAAACCCAGAAUUCCCAGAGCCGUCGCUUGAUUCGCUCGACAACACAACACACAGCACGCCGCCACCGUGCGGCGGGUAACCGGCCAGCUGGCAAUGUAAAUACAUCUCAGAGUUCAGCCAGACCAACAUCAGCAGCAGCAGCAGCAACCUUCCUCCGGGAGUGCAGUCUCACGGCGUCUCACGGCGUCUCACGAAGGUUUCUAAGCACAUUUUCGGGUCAGUGCAGUGCAGUGCAACAGACGCAAAGAACCAAUACAAUACAACUUUGUUGAAAAAGU